CCUUCCGGCUCAGUGGCUACGCACUCCCCGAUGGCGGCCGCCUCGGCCGGCCGAGUGGAGCUGGGCUUCGCCGAGCCCGCGCCGGCGUGGCGGCUGCGCAGCGAGCAGUUCCCCAGCAAGGUGGGCGGGCGCCCGGCGUGGCUGGGCGCGACCGCGCUGCCGGGGCCCGGGGCGCUGGGCUGCGCGCGCUGCGGCCGGCCGCUCGCCUUCCUGCUGCAGGUGUACGCGCCGCUGCCCGGCCGCGCAGACGCUUUCCACCGCGGCCUCUUCCUCUUCUGCUGCCGCGAGCCGCCGUGCUGCGCCGGCCUGCGAGUUUUUAGGAAUCAGCUACCCAGGAAAAAUGAGUUUUACUCCUAUGACCCACCUUCUGAGAACCCGCCCCCAGAAAAAGGAGAUUCUGUGUGUCUCCAACUAAAGUCGGGUGCUCAUCUCUGCAGGGUUUGUGGCUGUUUAGGUCCCAAAACAUGCUCCAGAUGCCACCAGGCACAUUACUGCAGUAAAGAGCAUCAGACGCUAGACUGGAGGUUGGGGCAUAAGCAGGCUUGUACCCAAGAUCAUUUGGACCAUACAGUUCCAGACCACAACUUCCUUUUUCCUGAAUUCGAAAUUGUCAUAGAAACAGAAGAAGAGAUUUUGCCUGAAGUUGUGGAAAAGGAAGAAGACUUUGAGAUCACAGGAAGCAUGGAUGAAGCUCUUGAGGAAGAACUGGAUUCCAUGGCAAAGCACGAAUCCAGGGAAGAUAACAUUUUCCAGAAGUUCAAAGCUCAGACAGCCCUUGAACCAGAGCAGAUUCUCAGAUAUGGCAGGGGUACUGAGCCCAUCUGGAUUUCUGGUGAAAACAUCCCUCAAGAGGACGAUAUUCCCAAUUGUCCGUGUGGUGCCAAGAGAAUAUUUGAAUUCCAGGUCAUGCCGCAGCUGCUGAACCACCUCAAGGUGGACAGACUGGGCAGGAGUGUUGACUGGGGCGUCCUGGCUGUCUUCACCUGUGCAGAGAGCUGUAGCCUGGGCACUGGCUACACAGAGGAAUUUGUGUGGAAGCAGGAUGUAACAGAUACACCUUAAAGACAUCUUCGAGCCCUAAAAAAGGUUACUAACAUCUUACAUGCUUGCAAUUCCAUUUCUAUGACUUUAUCCUAAGAAAGUAACUGUACCAGAGAUGGAGGAACAAAGAUGUGACUUGG